CUCUGCAGCGCCUUUCUUGAGAACCGUCAGCACAAGGAUAUAAUGGCCAGAUUCGUUUCUUUGCUGUUUUUUCUCAGUCUGACCUUAUGUUGCUGCAGAUCCCAGGGCCAGGGAAGCAAAAUGAGUGUAAGGCUCCGCAACGGCGGCAGCCCCCUAGUCCUGGGAAACAAGGUGGAACUGGAGUGUGUGUUCUCAGGCCAUGGCCUGUCAGACAGCGGUGUCUCCUGGAUGCUCCAGCAUGGGCAGUCUGCCCCCCAGUUCAUCUUGUUCAUUACCUCCCUCGGCCGGGUGGCACCGACAGAGAAUGGAAAACCACCCGUACGCUUUGAGGCAAAAAAAGAAUCCAACAUCUACAGACUGACCGUGAAGUCCUUCCAGGAGCAGGACCAGGGCAAUUAUUAUUGCAUCGUCAACCACAACCAGAGGCUGCACUUCAGCUCCGGGAUCGCACUCCACCUGCCAGCUCCCCCCACCACAGCCCCCUCUACGAAGGCAACCACCACCCAGCCCAGCACCUCCAUUGGCAGCAAGGAACCCAGGGACUGCAAGCAAUCUCUUAACACAGCGAAAACCCCAAAGAAAGGGCUGGAUUUAUACUGUCACUUGUACAUCUGGGUCCCCUUAGCGAGCGCCUGCGUUCUCCUCCUCAUUGCCCUGCUGGCCACCAUCACGAUAUGUCAAAAAACCAGAAGACGAAGAUGCAAAUGUAAAAGGCCUAUGAAUGGGAGCAAUGGAAAACCCAGCAUGCCGAACAGAUACGUGUAAUGUGACUGAGCCAUUUGCAUCUGGAUCUCCAAACAGGAGCUGUGACUGCAUAAACAAACCCUGCGUCCAUUUCCACUAUUCAUGCUCGCCCUCACUUUAUUUUUUAAAUUGUUCUUGUACUUUCUAUUCUGUUGAUUUUUAAAAGGCAAACUGUUCAAAAAGAGCAUAUAGAUAAUGCUGGACACCAGCCAGUCUACAUCAAUUCUAUUGCCUGGAUUUUAAAAUGUAGCUCCCUCCAAAAUUUUCUUGGUUCAAUCUUUCAAGCUGGUUUCCAAGUCAUAAAAAAGCAGAAUAUGCCAAAUGACAUAAUCUAUAACUCUAGCAAAGCCCCACUUACUGAAGUCUGUGGUGCAAAUCCUGAGAUUUUUAUUGUCUUUACUUAGAUAUAUAGCUGUUGAAGUCAAUUGGUAAGUAAAGACCUCAACAUUCAGUCUUUUGGGAAUUUUGCCUGCAUAACAACCGAGUAAAGACUGCCAGAUUAGGCCUGCCACAACUAAGUGUGUGAUCCUGCAGCAAGUGAAGUCAGUGGUAAAGCUCUCAUUCACUUCAGCGAUGCAGGACUGGGGCCUUCGUGAAGACAUUUUUAUUUGUGAUGGUGUCUACAAUGGGGAAAGGAGAUAAAAGUAUUUAAUCUAAUGAGCAUCCCAAUGCCAAGCUAACUGGUAGUGGGGCAUUAGCACAGGCUAAUUUUUAUUUUUUAAUUUUAAAAUGGGGCAAAAAGCCAGAUAAGUUUGAACAAUCAGAGUUUAGUAUUAACAACAGCUAAAAUCAAUGAAACUAUAAAACUUUUAGAAACAUGAUGCAGAGUUGAAAGGGCAAAGGCUAAAAAGGGCUGUUAUUUCCUUUACGGUUCCAAAGACUAAAGACUGCAGGCCCCAGCAUUCUGCUCUUACUCAGGUAGACUCUCACUGACUUCAGUGGGAGUUUUGACUCACAAGGUAUGCAGGAUUCAUCCUAUUUCUAGGCACCCACAGGUAAGUGGCAAAAGAGUAAAUCUAAGCCCACUCUCCUUUCUGCAAACCAGUAUUUUAAGCACAGAAUGAAAGAUCUUAGUUUUUUCAACUAUGUAGUUGAUGUAAAUAUUUUCUUGCUAUAAUUGCCAUAAAGUUUUUCAAUAUUUCUGUUCCCAACAAUCAGUAUAAAUACUGUGGAACAGUUCAACUAUACUUCUAGAUAUUCUCACUAAAGCACAUUUCCUUUUCCUCUUCUUAGCCUCAGAAAAGUUAGAGAACUAAAUAAAAAUAUAAAUGACCUUUUUGAUGAGAGAUUUGAGUAACAGAAGAAAGGUGUUACUGUGGUUAAAGAUACAGGACUAGGCUUCAGAAGACCUGGGUUCAAAUCCCAGCUCUACCACAGUCUGUAACCUUAAUUUCUCUGUGCCUCAGUUUCCCAUCUGUAAAAUGGGGACAAUAAUACUUCUGUACCUUGCUGUCAUGUUAAACCUGUAAAUACUUCAGAUAUUAAGUCUGUAGGUACAAGAUGUUAACUGGAAAGAGAGAUCUCUUACUAUAUAUUUAUACACAUCAGCCAGGCAAAAUGUUCCCAUCUGUAUUGGCAGUACCACAGUAACACAAUCCAAAUCCACUUCCAACAUCCAAAGUGUCUCUCUUCUUAAACAAUGAAUCUGGUAAUAAGUGUGGCCCCAAUUUAGUAAAGUCCUUAAGCUUGUGCCUCCCGAGACUUGUGAGUAGUCCCAUUCACUAGACCAAGAAAUCCUUUUGUGACAGACGUUGAGAUGCCAUGUAAUAAUCUAUGAAUACUGAGAUAUAAUAAUGUUAUGAACACUGCAUGUGACCUGUUCUGUAAAGGGAAGUUACAGUAGAGUAUGGUGGGUUAUUGGAAUUUCCUGAAUGAAGGUAUCGAUCUGACUUAAUAGGAGGUUGUGAGAAAAGCAAGCAGGAAAGCUACAAAAUAGCUAGAGGUAAGCAACCCUCCCAACAAACACGGGGGUCAGGGAGGGAGGGAGUGUGAGGGACAAUUGUAAGACAAUGGCAUUCCUCCAGGCCCUAGGCCAAAGUGACAUAGCUGUUCUGCUAUCAGAGGACUAUAAACAUUUACGCCUCCUCAGGAGAAGAAGGAUCAAUUGUCAGCAUGUGUGACAGACCCAGAGAGAGGUUCUUUGGAGGAGUCUGAAAGAUUAGAAUCUUUCCCCAGAUCCAGGGAAUGGUAAGCCUUAGGGAAAGACAGGCUAGCAUGUGGGGUGUUGAUUGUUUUAAGAUUUGUUUUGUCUGAAAGCCUUUUGUACUAAAUAAAUAAUACAUUG